CGAUCAUGGCCUCAGAAUUACUGAGCUUUUUUUUUGCCUCACUACUGUAAUUUUUUACUGACCUUCGUCACCGUCAUUAACUCCAUCAUCACUUUCUUCUUAAAACUUAUACCAAAUCUCAUAAGAAUACCUUCAAAACUAUCUCCUCCACUCACUACAUCCUACUACAUCUCACUACCACUCACUGAAAUCCCUAAUUUAUUACUAAGUCCUUCCUAUACUUAAUCUAUUAGCUAAGUCUCCCUAAGUCUCCCUAAUUCUCACGACUCACCAAUCCCUCACGAAUUCAUAAAAACUUAUGCCCAUAUGAACUCCCAGGUCAAUAAUCAGACCGACAAGGACCAACAACUGGUACCUUCCCAGCCCAUAAUCAGACUGGACCAUCAUCAGUUCCGUAAAGUGGUAUUUAAUCCAGAAACUCCUUCUCCAAAUGACCCCACUACCACAUCCACGACAACAACUACGACAACAACUAACUCCACGACAAAUAAUGAUACUCCUCCUCCUCCACCCCACCAGAUACAUCUCCACCACCUUAACUUACACAUCCAACUCCAACAGCAACAGCUCCAGCAACAACAACUGCUUCAGCAACCCACAAGCACAAAACGCAACUCAUCAUCGUCUUCCUCAUCGAUGCCCUUUGUGGCCGAUUCCAAACGAGUCCGUCUAAAUCCUCCAGCUCCAAGUAAUUCAACCACAACCAUAACUACAACUACACCCACGACAAAUGCCUCAACCAUUCCCACAAGUUCCUCCAACCCUACCACCUCCAAACGAUUUGUUAAACGUUUCCGCUCCAGACUGUUACCAAUCAUCUCAUAUCAUCAACGACACCACCACCAUCAUCAUCCAGCAGCCAGUAAUGUUAAUCUUAAUCUCACCAGCACAUCUGCUAACACAUCUGCCAGUUCCACUAAAAUUCAAACAUCAACAGUACCUCCACUUCCUCCCAUAAAUCUUCAAUCACUUAAAGAGAUUGAUCUUCAUGAAAUUCUUAAGAAUCCUCAACUUCGUCAUGAUAUUCUCUUUGACCCUCAACUUCAGUUCCGUCCUAACUUGGAUGGUGAAAGAGGGAAACGUAAAAAGUCAAUCAUUGAAAAGUACUGGGCCGAAGUCCGUCUUGAAUGUCGUCAAUUCUUUGGACCUUUACCAUCUACCAUUAGAAUUAAUCGUUUACCUAUAUUAUUUGCUACAUUAAGAGAUAUCUUACUUUCAUUAUUACCAUCUAAGGAUAGACCACAAGUGACAGAAAUCAUGGAUAUUGACUUAUUAAUUCAACAACUUCAUCAUGGUCUGUUUGAUUUUGUGGAAAUGGCUCGUUGGCUUGGCGAUGUAUUCAAAUCUCAUUGUGCUCCUAUGAGAGAUCAAUGGGUAAUUGAAAUGUCUACUAAAUUUGAAGAUGCUUAUCGUCUUGGUUCGGUUGAUCAUCUUGUUAGUGGUCUUCGUAUGAUCUUUCAAAUAUUGGAAGCCAUGAAAUUGGAUGUUGCCAAUCAUCAAAUUCGUAUACUUCGUCCUGUUCUCAUUGAAACGGCGGUUGAUUUUGAACGAGAUUAUUUCCAAUCACUUAUUAGUCAUCAUAAAAUAAAUAUUACUGAUUCAUUGAAUUGGUUCUAUAAGAAGGCCCAUAAACAAGUCACCUCCACAACAUGUAUUGAUGAUAGUGCUCUCAAACCUAUCAUUGUUAGUGCCAUUAUUGAUUUACUUAGUUGUCGUCAAAUGGCCACUGAAUUCCCUCUGACUCUUGCCUUUGAUCAUACAAGACUUGUGUUACUUCGAGCUGAUGUUCGUCAACUUGUGUGUGUUCAACUCUGUAUGGUAUUAUAUCGUCAAUUGGUUGUAAUGGAGAAGAGACCCGUAUCACUUCUUGCCCCUGCCAACAUUGCUAAAGUUCAACAUGAAAUCUUAGCCAUUGUCACCGACGAUAAUGGCAAUAUUAAGUGGACAAAGAAUAUCAACGCUAUUAGUCUUCAACUCGUGAAGAACCUCCAACAGAAUCCACGUAAUAGUGACUUUAAACAGUUGUCUUCGUCUCUGAUUGAAUUCAGUUAUAACUGGCUCAUGAAGCAUAUUCAACCCAAAUCGGAAGUGUACGGACUCAUGGAAAUUAAGAUCUUUAAGGAAUUGUUGGCUGAAAUCAUGGCUCUUGUGGAUAAGGAUGAUGAUCCCCAACCAGUAACUGCCGCUUCCACCACCACUACUCCAUCAUCUACUUCAGCUUCUACAUCUGCUGCUACUGCAUCUGCUACUACUGUAUCUGCUGCUGCAUCUCAGUCUUCUUCGGAGUUAAAGAACAUCGCCUUGAGAAUCUCUACCCUCGUCAAAUUCCAUUGGAACGUCUUUGGCUCAUACUACUCCAACCACAUCAAGUCUCAGGUUGAUAAGUUGACUCUUGAAGAAGUUGAAAAACGCAGUGGUUCUGACCAACUGACUUCUUUCGAGAAGUCAUUGCCUGUUGACUCUUCUAAUCAUGAUACAGACUCUGGUCCAGCUAGUGCCUCCAUUGUCUCCACCUCCUAAUAUAUUCGCAUCUUGUUUACUUCUUUCUCUGUGUCUUGGUAUUGCAUAAUAUACAAUUAGUUUAUUCGGUAUCUGGUGUAGUAUGUGACUUAGCAUUAGUAGGCUUUAAAUUAUAGACAUAUUUAAUUAACAUAUAUAUUUCAAAGAGAAGCUAAUUAAUAUAAUAUG